AUGGCUUCGACAUACGCCGUACCUCCCGCGGCCUUGCACGAUGGACAAGCUAGCGAUGCCCACAACCCCUCCCCACCAAGUAGUGGUCAACGACGACUGACUGCCACUUCAUUUGACCCGAAUCAUCUCUCGCCUUCGUCUCAGUUGCAGAGCAGCUCCGUCUCACCCAACUAUAACGAUACUCCAGCAGAGUCUAUCUCUAACUAUAGCCAAUAUCAUUCGAGCGACUUCAGCGAUAUGGACGAUGGACUGGACCCCUUCUUUGGCGUCGACUUUAGCAAUACUGAAGCGGGUACGCCCUCCUUCCUGGACCCGGAACACAGAACCGACAGCUUCGGCCAGGCCACAAUUUCCCAGGCGAGAAGCAAAAACCUGGACGCUACUACCUAUCCGUUCACCCCUGAGCAGACGGCCUCACUGCACACGACUUCACCGCGCAGCGAUAUGAGAACGAUUUCCAAGUCUGUGCCUGAGCGACUCCCUCUAUCCAUCUCACCUCAGGAGCUACAAAGGCCAUUCCAACCUCCUCAGAUUUCCACUUUCGCCCCACAGUCCGCAUCUCAAUUGACACCAGAUCUCAGUGGUAGUGGUCGUUCCAGUGAGGACAGCGCAGUGCCGUCUCCUCCCAUGAUGGCUGCUCAGAGUCCUCGAGUGACUGUCUCCAUGUGGGGAAAAGAUGCUACCGAACCGGUCCAGUCAAUCGAGCGCACAUUUACACCAGAUGACGAGAACUCGACCACAGCACCUGCCGGGCUCAGCUCCGCUGGUGACUUGAUCUCGUCCCAAGGACCAGUCGCUGAUACGACAACCCCACGACGCUCAUCAUUCAGCCGCCGUGGUUUAGAUCCGACGAAUAGACCCUCUACUGAAGUUGCCAGCGUAAACGACAUUAUGACACGCCGUGAGAUCGAGGAAAAGAACCAGGAAGUUGAUCAAUGGCUGUCUCGUAGCUUGAAUAACGACCCAACUGCAGCCUCUUCUCAGCCAGAGACCAGAUUGCAUGCUAGCCCCGAUGCCAUGGCUGGGGAAGACGGCAUCCGUCUUGGCAAUCAGACUGAAAACCGCCAUCAACCUGGACAAACUUAUUUCACAGCUCGCGGCGGCGAGAUGACGGCUACGGACUUCCAUAUCAUGAAUUCGAACCGUGUCUGGGGUGAUUCACCCGUUGUACACCCUAUCAGUGGCCCAGACACAGAUCGAUACCAGCCGGAAUCUUCGCAAGCUGCAAUUGCUCGUUUCAACAGAAUGUGUAUGGAUAAUGAAUCCAUCAUUUCCAAAGCGGCUACGUGGGGCACACGAAGACGCAGUCUGCCUAGCGUUAUCGAUAUGGACACCGAGAACGUCACCAGUGGGAACCUGUUGAAGAAGCUUUCCAUCAGCAGAGGCGAGGGAGGUCGUAGGCCAAGCAUCCUCAAGGAUUUGCGCGGCCUCGUCCGUCGGCCGAGUGCCAGCCAUUUGCUCAAGCGGUCUAGGAGCACCAACGGCGAAAACAUUCCCAAAUCGGAGGCUCCGCCCCCUAUGGAGAAGCGUGAGAGUUUGCCUCAUCUUCUACCUACUGCACGAACUGGCAGCUGGGGGUCCAAGAAGACACCUACGCCGAGUAUUAACACCGCUCUCGUCACCAUGGGAAGCAGUGUGGCUUCAAUUGGCACAACACACGCACGGAAUGGUUCAAUCGGCGGCACGCCCAUUACAUCACCAAAGAGUCCAUUUGGCAGUCUACAAGUCAAAAACACACUUCGUCGGCCAAGGAGCAAGUCGGAUCUACCAAAAGCUAGCGGAAACGAAACACACUCAAACCUGGUUGGCAUGUGGAGGAAAUCAGGCGGCCCGCCGGUGGCUGUCCUUGCCAAGAGUAACUCGACAAAUGUUGACCUGGAUGAGGAUGAUGACGACGAGGAUGAACUUUACGAGGAUGGUGACAUGAAUGCGGAAUCCAGCAAGUUGAUCCAGGAUGUCUCGCCAAACUUUGCAGGCUUCCAAACGCAUGUUCUCCGCCUGAAUCCGGAUCUGGCAACCAACAAUAACUAUCUCGUUGAUCGGAUCGCCCAUCAGCAGGUUGUUCGCUACAAGAGCCUCCUCAGUGCCAAGGUGAAGCAUCUUGGGAUUGGCCAGGCCUGCACGUGCGGAUCGUUCUGUUUGGCUCGUGGUGGUCGGCCAGUCCUGCUCGACCAGAAAGGCGAUUCACGAGACAUCGACCCUCUGUCAACAGGCGCUGACUCUGGGGACGGAGACUCAACCCCUGUGGAGGGUGCUAUUACCAAGGAUAGCUUUCCACAGGACAUACCUAUGCCGCCUACGCAAUCCCUCCCGGCGGAAUUCGAAUGCCAGCUCUGCUUCACGCUGAAGAAGCCCAAGAAGCCCUCUGACUGGACGAAGCAUGUCCACGAGGAUGUACAGCCUUUCACUUGCACUUGGGACAGAUGCCGUGACCCCAAGAUCUUCAAGCGUAAAGCCGACUGGGUACGCCAUGAGAAUGAGGGCCAUCGGCAUCUAGAGUGGUGGACAUGCGACGUUGAGGACUGUCGGCACACAUGCUACCGCCGGGACAAUUUCUUACAGCAUCUCGUGCGCGAGCACAAGUUCGUCGAACCGAAGAACAAGACUAAAGCCGCCAUCAAACGGGCUGGCGGCAUCGAUCCCACAUGGCAAAAGGUAGAACAGUGCCGUCAUGAAACAACGAAGAGACCACAGGAGGAGCCUUGCCGUUUCUGUGGCAAGCAGUUUCCUACAUGGAAGAAGUUGACAGUCCAUCUGGCGAAGCAUAUGGAGCAUCUCAGUCUACCGAUCCUACAUCUGGUCGCUGCCAAGGAGCUGGAGCCAGACACCAUCAUCAGCCCGGUGCAAGACCCCCCGCCCAGAGCUCCUUUCAAUGCACCAACUCCCUUGGACGAGUCAGUCGUCAAGAGUGAGCCCUCUAUUCACAACUAUGGGAACCAGUCGUCAUAUCAACCUCACGCCAUGAUGGCGAAUAACAAUGGUUUAUACCAGAACAUGAACAACCUUGGGUUCUCGGGGGUCGGGGGUAACUCGCAGUUCCCAGACUACAUGUACUCUUCCCAGUAUCCGAACACUAGUCAGCCGAUGGCUCAGAACUUGAUGGGCAUGCAACCUGUCAACCGAGCAACCCAGGGUCUCAACCACCAAUACCAGAACACAACCAACAUGACCAUGCCUGCCGCAUCAUAUAUGGGAGCCCAGCAACAAUACAUGUCAUUGGCACAAGAGACUGAGCCCUUUCCCGCACUCGACCACAACGCCCUUGGACUACACCAACCUGGGCAGAUGGGUGUAGGCAUGGCCUAUGAUGGACUCAUGGGACAGAGCAACAUCGACGAGAACCAGUACAAUUCUCAGGGGUCUAUCUCACCCUAUUCACACUCUCCCCUCCAAGGUGGUCAAGGGUUCUACCCACCACAGUAG